AUGGCGAGCGUGGUGGUGAAGACGAUCUGGCAGUCCAAAGAGAUCCAUGAGGCUGGGGACCCCCCCGCGGGGGUCGAGAGUCGCUCCCAGCUGGUCCCCGAGGCUCCUGGGGGUGUGACCAGCCCAGUCAAAGGGAUCUCAAAGAAAAAGAAGGCUGUGUCCUUCCACGGGGUGGAGCCUCGGAUGUCCUAUGAGCCAAUGCACUGCUGCCUGAACCUCAAACGGUCCUCAGCCUGCACCAAUGUGUCCCUGCUCAACCUGGCCACCAUGGAGCUCACCGACUCCUCGGGGACAGACUCAACUGUGGAAGACAGCAGCCUGAUGGCAUUGCCCGUGCCCAUCCCACCCUGGGCUCCAGAUGACCCAGACAUCACGGAAAUACUGAGCUGGGUUAACAGUGGAUUGGUCCACGCCAAAGAUUCCAUCACCAGCUUGAAGGAAAAGACCACCCGGGUUAACCAGCACGUGCACACGCUGCAGAGUGAGUGUUCUGUGCUGAGUGAGAAUCUAGAGAGGAGGCGGCAAGAGGCGGAAGAACUAGAAGGGUACUGUAGUCAACUCAAGGAGAACUGCCGGAAGGUGACCCGGUCGGUGGAAGAUGCUGAAAUAAAAACCAACGUCCUGAAGCAGAACUCUGCCCUGCUGGAGGAGAAGCUGCGCUACCUCCAGAUGCAGGAUGAGACGCCCAGGAGGCAGGAGGCUGAGCUGCAGGGGCUGGAGCAGAAGCUGGAGGCUGGCUUCUCCCGCCACGGCCUGGGCCUCGCCACCCAGCCCCCAGGCUGCUCCAGCCCGCCAGGGAGCCCCGACGGAUCCCCACGACGGCGAGGCCUGGCCCCAGGCGGCUGGGGAAUGGGGCCCCGGGCAGGGGAGGGCCCCAUCGUGAGCGAGCAGGAGUUGCAGAAGGUCUCUGCCUACCUUGAGGAGCUGAGGAGGGAGGUGUCCUCACUGACCGCCCGGUGGCAUCAGGAGGAGGGGGCCGUGCAGGAGGCCCUACGGCUGCUCGGGGGCCUAGGCGGCAGGAUCGACAGCUUCCUGGGCCAGUGGGAGCGAGCGCAGCGCGAGCAGGCUCAGGCCGCGCGGGGCCUGCAAGAGCUGCGGGGCCGCACGGAAGAGCUGUGCACCAUGGUGGAGCGGUCAGCAGUGUCUGUGGCUUCACUGAGGAGCGAACUGGAGGCGCUGAGCCCAGUGAAACCGAUUCUGGAGGAGCUUGGGCGGCACUUUCAGAGCUCUCGUAGAGGGUCUGACCUCUCUAUGAACCUGGAUCGGGCCCCCCAAGGCUCCUGUGCCCGCUGUGCCAGCCAGGGACAGCAGUUGUCCACGGAGUUCUUGCAGCAGCUGCUGGAGCGAGCGCUGACCCCGCUAGUGGACGAGGUGAAGCAGAAGGGCCUGGUUCCUGCCUGCCCCAGCUGCCAGAGGCUACACAAGAAGAUUCUGGAGCUGGAGCGCCAGGCCUUGGCCAAACAUGUCAGGGCAGAGGCCCUGAGCUCCACCCUUCGGCUGGCCCAAGACGAAGCCUUGCGGGCCAAGAACCUGCUGCUGACGGACAAGAUGAAGCCAGAGGAGAAGGUGGCCGCUCUGGACUAUCUACACUUGAAGAUGUGCUCUCUCCACGAUCAACUCAGCAACCUGCCACUCGAGGGGUCCAUGGGGACAAUGGGGGGAGGAAAUGAUGGGGGAACUCCCCCAAAACGUGGGGGCCCAACCCCUGAGCAAUAAAUGGCCCCUCAUGCUGGCA